AUGGAGGACGAGAGCAGCCAGGACUCAAGCGUGCAAUACAUGAACCUCUCCGACGACGAAGCCACGCAUUUCUGGAUCCUUGCUAGCAUUGAAGACCAAGACUACAAUGGCAUUGAGACAGCACCCAGAGUUCUUUGCCAUCAGCAUGGCGUGGCGGCUGAGAGGCUUGUAGCAUUCGAAGCAUUUAACACGGGCAGGAGGUUCUUAGUCUGUCCUAUGAGUGAAGAUGACAACUGUGGUAUUGUUCUCUGGGUUGACCCAGGGUGGCCUCCUACAUUGCAGAAUGCCUUGUUGAAGCUAUGGUAA